GAAACCUGGAGAGGAAGUAACCAGAAUAUCCGUGCUUGACCAGUGGGGGAUACAUCCACCUCCACGGUCCUCACCUAACCUGAGCGGGGAUUGCCUCGGCUCCUCCUGCUGUCCUUUGGAGGAAAGGAAAGCGAAAGUGAAAGGAGGAAGAGAAGGCUUCUCGGGGCUGAGGAGAUCGCAGCGCCAUGAAGCCCCUGUCCCUGCUCCUUGCUGUGACUUUGGGCCUGGCGACCACCGUCUCAGCAGGACCAUCUGCGAUCGAGUGUUGGUUCGUGGAGGAUGUGGGCGGGGGCGGCCUGGCCAAGAGACCCGCCGCACUGCUUCUGCGCCAGGGACCCGAGGGACCGCCACCCCGGCCAGACCUCGACCCUAAGCUCUACCUCAAAGUGGACGACCCCACGGGCACCCUGCAGGCUGCCUUCAGGAGGUACCCCCGGGGCGUCCCCGCACCACACUGCGAGAUAAGCCGAUACAUCCCGCUCCCUGCCUCUGCAAAUUGGGCCAGCGGCCUGACCCCGGAGCGGAGCUGCCCGCGGGCCCUGGACGGGGCUUGGCUGACCGUCAGCAUGUCCAGCUCGGUUCUUAGCCUCUCCAGCCUCUUGCGACUCCAGCCAGAGCCUCAGCAGGAGCCUGUUCUUAUCACCGUGGCAACAGUGGUGCUGACUGUCCUCACCCACACCCCUGCCCCCCGAAUCCGACUGGGACAAGAUGCUAUACUGGACUUGAGCUUCGCCUACAUGCCCCCAACCCUCGAGGCUACUGCAUCUCUGGCCCCAAGUCCCCCUCCCUUUGGGCUGGAGUGGCGACGACAGCACCUGGGUAAGGGGCACCUGCUCCUGGCUGCAACUCCUGGGCUGGGUGGGCAGAUGCCAGCAGCCCGAGAAGGAGCAGUGGCGUUUGCUGCUUGGGAUGAUGAUGAUCCAUGGGGCCCAUGGACCGGGAAUGGGACCUUCUGGCUGCCUGCCGUGCGACCCUUUCAGGAGGGCACCUAUCUGGCCACUGUACACCUGCCAUACCUGCAAGGACAGGUCUCCCUGGAGCUUACUAUGCACAAGCCCCCCAAAGUGUCCCUGUCACCAGCACCCCUUGUUUGGGCUGCCCCAGGGGAGGCACCUCCAGAGUUGCUGUGCCUUGUGUCCCACUUCUACCCUUCCGAGGGCCUGGAGGUAGAGUGGGAGCUCCGGGGUGGCUCAGAGAGUGGAUCUCAGAAGGCCGAGGGGCAGAGGUGGCUCUCCUCUCUGCGCCACCAUUCAGAUGGCUCUGUCAGUCUCUCUGGACACCUGCAGCUGCCCCCAAUCACUGCUGAGCAGCAUGGGGCUCGGUACAUCUGUCGUGUCCACCACUCCAGCCUGCCCGCCUCGGGGCGCAGUGCUGAGGUCACUGUGGAGGUGGCAGGUUUCUCUGGGCCCUCCCUUGAGGAUGGCGUAGGGCUCUUCCUGUCUGCCUUCCUCCUCCUGGGACUCUUCAAGGUGCUGGGCUGGGUCGCUGCCUACCUGAUCAUUCAUAAGGAUUCCAAGGAGAAGAAAUCACAGUGAAGGCACUCAGCACUACCCUGUGGAAGCUACCAUCAUCUCUGGCCCUAGCUACUGUAGCAGCUCCCCCAAACAGUACCCCAUCACCUGCUCCUACUCUCUCAAAACUUCCUACACUGAAUGGCUGGAAUUUUUUUUUUUUUUUUAAAGACAAAUCUUAUUGCAUUUGUCUUGUUAAAGCUCUUGGGCAGUGGUUCUCAAAAUUUUUGGUAUCAGGACUUUCUUAAAAAUUAUCAGUCAGGCCUGUUGGCACAUGCCUGUAA